AUGCGCCUCCUCAAGCCAACCUCCAACGACGUCGUGCUAGCAAUCGGCUCAGCGGGCGACAACAUCCUCGCCUUCUGUCUCGAGAACUGCCGUCGCGUCCACGCCGUCGACCUCAACCCCUCGCAAAACCACCUCCUCGAGCUCAAAGUCGCCGCCUUCACCGCGCUCCCCUACCAAGACGUCUGGAAGCUCUUCGGCGAAGGCAAGCACCCCGACUUCCACAACCUCCUAAUCCAGAAGCUCAGCCCGCACCUCUCAUCCGAAGCCUUCCAAUUCUGGCUGCACAACGGGCCUUCAGUGUUCUCUUCUUCCUCGUCAAAAGGCCUCUACUACUCCGGCGGCUCCGGCAACGCCCUCUCAAUCGCAGGCUGGCUCUUCCACCUCCUAGGCAUGACCUCGGACGUCAAGAAACUCUGCACAGCAUCCACUUUGAACGAACAACGGGAAAUCUGGCAAAGCUCCAUCAAGACCGUGCUGCACUCCAGGAUCCUCACCUGGGCCAUCCUCGGCAACGAAAAGUGGCUCUGGAAAGCACUCGGCGUGCCCCCUGCCCAACGCGCCGUCAUCGAAGCUGAUUUCAAGAAAACCGACGACUUUGACGAGACCAAGACACCGGCGGUGGCUAAAUCGGAUGCAGCGGCAGACUACAUGGCGUUCCACGAAGAGCCGUCCGACGAAGCACUCAAAUCGAAUUCUGGGAACGCGAUCUAUGAAUACGUACUCAACACUUUCGAGCCCGUCAUCAACACCACUCUCCUCUCCACAUCAAACCACUAUUACCUCCUCACCCUCCUGGGCCACUACACACCAACAUCCCACCCCACAUACCUCUCUCCGAAAUCGCACAUCAAACUCAGCAAGCCCAACGCGUUCAACGGUCUUCGCAUCCACACAGACGAGAUCUCAGAGGUCAUUGCUAGAAUGCGACCCGGUACACUAACCAUUGUCGUGGUGAUGGAUAGCAUGGAUUGGUUCCCACCGUCCGGCCAACAAGCACUCAAACAGAUCCGGGCGCUGAACCGCGCGUUGAAAGUAAAAGGACGGGUUAUGCUCCGGUCUGCGGGGUUGGAACCGUGGUAUAUCAAGGUGUUUGGCGAGUAUGGGUUUGCGGUUAAGAGGGUGGCUGUGAGGGUGCCGGGGAGCUGUAUUGAUCGGGUUAACAUGUAUGCGUCUACGUGGAUUUGCACAAAGGAGAUGGGGAUUGAGCGCGAGGAUGUCAAGGUGGGCUUGCGGAAGACGAGUUUGGCGGAGUUGAAGCUUGAGGCUCCUGCUUUGCGUAUGGAGUAA